AUGACUAAGAAAAAACACAGAAGCUGCUGCUGCUACUAUGUCACUCUUGUCAUUUUUAAGGUGAAUCCUCAUAUGAAUGAGAGGGAGUACAUGCUUAAUGGUCAGAGUGACAGCUUUUGCUUCAUGGCGAGCCAUCGAAACCCCACAAAUCUCUUUGCCCCAACAGAUUCUUCACCUUUCUUCUCCAGAAAUGAAAAUGACCUAAAAGACAGGCUUGACCAGGUUGAAAAUGGCAGCGGGGCAGCUGUGUUCCGGCUCUCUGGGCUGCUAGGUCGGUCCGGGGCACAGCUGGGGUGGUCCAUGUCGAGGGGUGCCCACGGCGAGGAAGGGCAGGAGGGCGAGGAGGGCUCAGCUCGCACGUGGAAGGCCCUCACCUACUUUGUAGCACUCCCCAGCGUGGGAGUGAGCAUGCUGAACAGAUUCCUGAAGUUGCAUCACAGAGAACACAAGAGACCAGAGUUCAUCGCCUACCCCCAUCUCCACAUCAGGUCCAAUCCCCUUCCCUGGGGAGAUGGUAAUCAUACUCUAUUCCAUAACUCUCAUGUGAAUCCACUUCCAACCGGCUAUGAAGAUGAAUAAAGAGAACCUGGACCACCACCCAGUGAGGACCACAGGACUGGUUUGGACC